AUGUCAAAUUUAGGCUGGACUACUUAAUCCGCAUUUAUACCCAAGGAAUCUAAGAAAAUUAGUGUUGCUUAGAAUUCCUCACUCAUUGACUUAAAAGCCAAGAUCAUUGAAGAAAAAGCUAAAUUAACAUAGUCGAGAGAGAACAAAAUAGAUGCAAAUAAGCAGUAAUUUUAUCUUAAGAGAAAAGAUCUAUUCAAAGGAGGAUAAUAAAAACUUUAGGAUCAGAAUAAAGGUAUUGAGCAAAGAUUGUUGAAAGAUGAGCAAGAAUUUGAGAAUAAUAGAGUUGAAGAUGAUCAUGGAUAGAUAGAUAGUCGAAAAAUACAAUUCAAAUUAGCAGAGAAAGCCUAGAUUUACGAGUAGCUGAUUAAUGAAAAAAAAUCUCAUGAAAAUAAAAAAAGUGGAUUGGUAGACUUUGAGUAAAAAAGAUGGAAUGAAAAGGAUGAUGAUUAAAAUAGGCACGAUUAUCUCUCAGAAAUGAAUAGAAAUCAUGACUUAAUGGCGAGGGAAAGAAAAGCUUGGGAGGAAGAAGCAAGAAAUGAGAUAGAAGCAGUAGAUAAAGGACUUAAUUAAGGUUAAUUCAAAAAGUUAAAGGACUCAGCUACAGCUAUGCUUGGAUAAUCGAUGGCUCCACUAGUUAAGCAAUAAUGGGACAACAUUCUUUCAAAAAAGGAGAAAGAUUAGUUGCCAGAAGUAAUUAUGGAUAAAGAAAAGUAAUAGAAACUUUAAAUACUAGCAAAAAGAAAGCGCGAUUAGGAUAGAGAAAGCAGAUUGUAGAAAAUUGAAGAACUCAAGAAAAGGCAAAGAACGAACUGA